CACAGCAGAAAUCGGUGGUUGGGCAGCUUUAAAAUUGCCGGUAGCCAGAGCUUAGUUUGAUACAUCAUGCUAAAGCCGUGAUUAUAUCUCUCGUGAAUCUGUUUGAGGGGACCAUGCUCGCAGCAUGAACUCUGCCAUUGAUGUGUGCAGCUAUACCAAUUAUACCAGUCUAUCCGAGUGUUUAUACUCCAUGUAGAACACCGCCAUUUUGAGUGUUACAGGUAAAUUGAAUCCAGUGUUUCGUCCCGUUCAUUGCGUAGUACAGUGUAGUUACGUACACGGGUGUAAAGGUAUCACUGAGUUUGACGCCGACACCGAACUGGAACUUGUGUUAUAAUACUGGAAACAUCAUGACGACGAUGCUCACAGACCCCGAUCUUUGUAUCGGCGUGGCUAACAUGGAACAUUUUCUUAGCGACCACCUCAGCGAUUUCCUAGUAGAAACGAGACCGUUCAACAUAAACCAAGGGAAUUUCGAAGAGGAAGCGAAAAUUAACAUUUUUGUUGGAUCACCUGCAUACCACGACUACUUCCCACACAAUUAUGGUUGUACAAUAUUGGUAGACUCUCUGGACGAUUUACAUAGCUGGCAGAAUAAACUUCUGACGGCACCGAUAUUAUUAGACGUACAAUGCAAAACAAUGCCAAAUGCAGACGAAUCUCCUCAUAUUGAAGAAGGAUAUUGGGCAGUUGUGGUGAACACUAGGAAUUCGCUUAUCAGAGAACUUAUGGAGCCUGGGUUCAAAGAUGCCGAAGCGGCAAUUAAGGAAGGCAGACGGUAUAUGCUAGAGUUCGAUUUUAGAGAGAGCCUAACAGACUGGUUUCGAAAGACUGUAAACCCACAUGUUAAGUGUUAUUUUGCAAAACUGAAGCUAACGAAUCACAUGUUCUUUGAAGACUUGAAUCGUAUGCUGUGUGGUUACGAAAAGUGGAUAGGGGUAAUACUUGGGAUCAUUUGCUGCCCGUGCAUCACAUGUGGAGUCUGUGUUAAUAUGAUCCGUGUUAUAAAUCGGCUUGAGAAACACAUCCACGUAACUGGCACUAUCAAAGCACUGAAGCUCACAGUCAGCAAGGACAAAGGUAACACAAGAUCAAGACUAGGACAGCGUACGAUAAGCGGUGGUGGAAUGAACCCGACAGACUCAUCGAGUUAUGGUGCAACAGAUGACGUGUCGACAAUAACUGAGACAACGAAACUUCUUGAAUAGCUGCGACAGAUAAUAGAUGUAUGUUACAGUGCAACAUUCCAUUCUGUACAACAAAGACUACACAGUGAAUCAAGAACCACCGU